AUGUCGGUUUCUGGUGGCGCUGUCAUCGUCGGCCGUCGUAACACCCGCCAUCACGUCGAGAAUCGUUUUUACUGCCCGCCCGCCCUGCGAAAACAGAGACAACAGCAGGAGCAGGAGCAGGAGCAGGAAUUGACGUUGAUGGAGAAUAACAGACCUUGUUCCUCUUCUGAUAACUCCGUUUCUUCUUCACAUGAGACAAUAUGCGAAGCUUCCAAUUUGUGUAAAUUCAUACAACAUACCACUCCUUUUGUUCCCGCUCAAUACCGGCCCAUGAGAAGUAAGAGGAGAUUGAAAACAAUGGAGACAGAAUUGCAACCGUACUUUGUGCUUGGGGACUUGUGGGAAUCUUUUAAGGAGUGGAGUGCAUAUGGGGCUGGUGUUCCAUUGGUGUUGUCUGGUAACGAAUCUGUUACACAGUAUUACAAUGUCUCCUUGUCUGCUAUUCAGCUGUAUAUUGAUCCAUCGAAUCCUUCCGUGCGGCUAAGGAAACCUAGUAAGGAGAGUGAUUCCGAAUCAGCUAGAGAAACAAGCAGUGAUAGCAGCAGUGGCUAUCCUCAUGAAAGAGGAACAAGGUGUGUAGUUAAUGGCAUUUCGAACCAGCCUAGCUUUUCAGAUGCACACAGUCAUGGUCUGGAAAGAGUUUCACUAGAAAGUAAACCUGACUCAUGUCCAUCAAGUGAUGAGAACGGAAGCUGCGGUGCUCUUGGUCAGCUUGUAUUCGAAUACUUUGAGCUUGAUAUACCUUAUAAUCGUGAACCAUUAUCAGAUAAGAUUCAUGAUCUUGCUGAACAAUUUCCUCAGUUGAAGACAUACCAGAGCUGUGAUCUUUCACCUUCAAGUUGGGUUUCAUUUGCUUGGUAUCCGAUAUAUAGAAUACCUGUCGGCCCCACACUAAAGGACUUGAGUGCUUGUUUCAUCACCUUCCAUUCGUUGUCAACAGCUUCACAGAGUCUAACUACCAUUAAUUGUUCGAAAGAUAGGGACAUAACAUCCAAGCUAUCACUACCAAUGUUUGGCUUUGCCUUUCAAAAGUUCGAUGUUUCUGUUUGGGAUCCUGAAGGGGAUUUUGAAGGUCAGAAAGCCAAUUCUCUGCUGCGAGCUGCUCACAACUGGAUUAGGCAGUUGCAAGUUUUACAUCCUGAUUUCAGACACUUUACUACUCAUUAUGCAUAUGUGUAG